UUUCCAUCCGGGUCACACUUGCUCCCUCCCUCCCCCCCGCCUUUGGCGAUGCGGGGACGGGAGCGCGCUCGCUCGCGCGUCCCCGGGGAGAACCACGGUGCGCGCGCCCGGACUGGGGGGGGGCUCUACCUCAGCUGCUGCCAUCGCUGCCAGCUUCCCCCUCGCCUUUCGUCCUGCCCGCCCGCCCUCCUCCGAGAGGGCUCCGGGCCCUGCGCGGCUCCGACGGGAACCCCAGGCGGGGACGGAUUACGGCCUUUUUUGGUACCUGUAAUCAAGGAUCUUAGAGUACUUCACAACAGUGGUGUCUGUUGUUGAAGACACCGUUGAUCCAGCAGUUAGAAAAAGGGGCUUGGAGUCAGGAAUAUUGGGUUUUGUUCCUGGCUGUGCUGCUGAGUUGCAGGGAGCUUGGGCAAGACACUUAACUUUACAGCAUUCCUGCUAGAAGCCCUGGCACAUAAAGAAGAGUUGUUUUUGGUGGACAAUGCUCAGAGACACUAUGAAGUCCUGGAGUGACAGCCAGACAGAUGUUUACAGCAGUGACCAAGAAGAGGAAGAAGAAAUGAUCUUUGGAGAAAAUGAAGAUGAUUUGGAAGAGAUGAUGGAUUUAAGUGACUUGCCUACCUCACUCUUUGCUUGCAGUGUGCCAGAAGCUGUGUUUGAGGUACAAGAAGAAAAGGAAAGAUUUGAAGCACUUUUCACGAUCUACGAUAAUCAAGUUACAUUCCAGUUGUUUAAAAGCUUUAGAAGAGUAAGGAUAAAUUUCAGCACCCCCGAGGCAGCAGCAAGAGCACGGAUAGAAUUGCAUGAGACAGACAUCAGUGGGAAAAAGCUGAAGCUGUAUUUUGCACAGGUCCAGGUGUCCCCCAGUGAAGUAGGAGACAAGUCCUACCUCCUUCCCCCAGAACCUGUCAAACAGUUCCUGAUCUCGCCUCCUGCAUCUCCACCUGUUGGGUGGAAGCAGAGUGAAGAUGCAACUCCUGGAAUAAACUAUGACUUACUCUGUGCUGUUUCCAAAUUGGGUCCAGGGGAGAAAUACGAGCUUCAUGCAGGAACGGAGUCUACUCCUAGCGUAGUGGUUCACAUUUGUGAAAGUGAAACAGAGGAGGAGGAGGAAAUUAAAAAUCCAAAACAGAAAAUCCUGCAGACAAGGCGCCCAGAUCCUACUCCAACAAUACUAAAUGAAUCUAAAACAUUUGAUUGUACACGGGAGGUAGGGGGUACCAUGCACUGUUAAGUCUUGUGAUGCUGUAAACAAUAUCUAUAUGAGGAUAGUAAAUUAAUACAUGUAUUGAUGUCUGCGUUGCUGCAUUAUAUAUGGCAGCAGGAGAUUUUACUUGUAGUUGUCUCUCAUGUUCAAGUUCUUAGAUGCCAAUAUUCUAAACAGCACUUUAAUUUUUAAGAACUAACUCCCCAAGUGCAGCAAGUCCACCAGAUUUAAAAUAAUGGCAAAGCAGGAGGUUAGUUUUUCUGAAGAUAUGUUCACAUUUUCUAGAUAUUGUAUAGCACAAUGUACCAAAUGCUGAAACAAUAUCUUAUCAGUACCAUCUAUACUAUUGGUUACAAAAUAGUUUAUUUUAUAACAGUCAAAUGUGAUUUUUUUUUGUACUGGUACAACAGCUUAUAUUUAAUCAAUAUAUUAAUUAGAAGUGUAAUAUACAGUGUACACUAAAAUUCCUCCACAGAUUGGCCCAUUUGUGAACAUGUUCCAUUUACUUUUCUCAGAAAUGCCAAAUACGUUUUAUUUUAAAGGUACCUUUAUGAUUUGACAUGAGGCACAAAUACAUGUGCAGAAUUAAAUACGUUGUAGUUGGCAGAACUGCAAUUUGGGGGGGAGAGGGGAAACCACAGACCACUUAGGAGGCAGAUGGAGUUUGCCUCUACAAUAUUAUGCUGCUGUAGGAUGGUGUUACACUGAUAGGUAUAAUUGUUUGCAUCGACAGUUGAUUAAAAUAAAACUGACUUGCAGGAUGUUAAGUGAAACAUGGUUUUGCCUAUAGAAUGUUAAGCCUCCAGCCCUCUCUAACAAUACUGUAAUGUCCCCCUGUCAUGGAGAUGGCCUGCAUUAUAUGUAAAGUGAAUAAUCAUUAGAUUAUGAUUGUGAUAUUAGGGGAUAAGAGGUCCAGGGUUAGUUUUUAACUUUUGCUCCUAAACUUUUACAGUUUGCUUCCUUUUUUAAAGACAAUCAGUUGCUAGGAUGGUUUAACCAAUCUCCACUCUGUUUUUAUCCAGGUUGCACUCCUGAUUUACUGUUCUGAUUUAAAAACAUGGUAUUUUUCAUGGCAUCCUAUAUGGCUGAUAGCACAUCUGCAACUUCUAAAAUAGGAAGCACCUUUUGAAAUAUACAUUUGUGGUUUUGUGAAUUCUGUGUUAAGUGUUUUAGUAGGAGGAAAUAUGCCUCAGUUUAGUGGCACGUGCUCCUAUGGUUUUAUGCUAUUUUAUAAGCAACCUUUUUUAGCCUACACAGAUUUUUUUCUAUAAAAAAUAGUUAAGAAAUUCUUUGUGAACAAACUAGGCUGUUUAGGUUCAUAUUUGAUUCUGUACAUAAAUCACUCUGAAAUUGGCCUUUACCCAAAUCAUGAUACUGUUUUUUAAUUAUGUAUAAAGUGUUUAUUGAACUCUCAAAAGCAUUUUUACUUGAUUGACAGCAAGAGAGUGCAUUAAUGGUGAUAAAUUCAAACAGGCGCGGUAGAUAUGACUUCAGUAUUGUGUCAGCUGUUGAUUCUUUCCUGCCAUCAACUUCAAGUUGCAAAAUGGGAUCCUGCAGGCAGGUCCUCAUUUUGGAGACAGGAAUAGCAUACAUUUGAGCUGGGGGAAAGUAAGAAAAAUCUUUCCUCUUGUAUGUCUUGCAUGUAUUGGCAUAACGUUUAUGUAGCUCUUUAUUAUCAAGCCAUUCAAAGUCAAUCUUCUCUUUUUCACUGUUCCCCACCUCCAGUUGCAAACUUAUAUUGUCAGUAGGGCCUUAUGCAUUUUAAAAUGCCACAAAUCAGUUUGGGAUUUUCUGUAAUGUUACAUUUUUGUUAGUUGUUCAUUUACCCCCUCGUAAAUAUUGUUGUAAAGUGGAAAAACUCCAGGAAUACCGUCUUAUUAGGCAAAUGAUCGAGUCAAUAAUGCUAUUGUGAAAGUAGCUUGUGUGAAAUGUCUGACUUGCAUUCCAACAUAAAAGAUCCAUGGUGUAAAAAAAAGACAUGGAAUAAAAAAUAACAACAAUGCCAUUCAAUGUUUUCCAUUAACUGUAUCAAACUUGGGCCCAUAUGGAAUAUGUAAUUUGUCUUUUUUUGGAAGCUGGGUAUCCUAACAAAUCUGUAUGCUUGCAAGUUGAACGAAUCGUCAACACCUAGGGUUUCUGGUUUGUGGUGGUCUUCCUUCUGAUUUGUGGUGUUUGUUUAUAAGCAAAUUAGGAGUAAGACAACAAUUAUGUGGCUUAAAAAUAUUGCCUUGAAUUAAAGAUAAAAAUUGUCCUUGCACAGCCACACUCUGAAUGCUUGGCUUUGAACUGCUAGUGCCUGCCGUGAGCUAAUUUCAGCACUGCAAAAAUGGUUGAUUUUGAACAUGUUUUAUAAGAACAAACUGUUCUCACGUUUUUGUUGUUUUGGUGAGGCUAUAUCAUUUUAUUCUAAAACUGGAAGAUCCCAAUAGCCGAUGCCAUUAUUGUAGCUGUUCAGAACAUUCUCUUGGAAAGUUGUGAGUGGGAGGGUUGUUUUGUUUUUCUUCUUACUAAACUCAGUUAGUCCAGGCAAGUUUUAUUUGCAGCAGAAUACAAGAUACUUUCCCCUCCACUAUAGAAAAAGUCCAACCUCUAUUACCGCUAUUAGGGAAUACAAGUUAUUCUUUAGAUACCUGGAGAGAGGAAAAGACCUUGGUGCAAGAGAUGAAAGAAUAUUUUUGAUCAACCAAACCAAGAUGUUCUUAAGCAGUCUCUGUUGAAGUACUUGUCUGGUAUGUAAUAGAUGCUGCCACUGGCAUUGGUUGACAUUUGCUUGAUCAAUAAAUCCAUCUUAUCAAGCUUUGAGUAUACAGCUAAUAUGGGUCAAUCAUUUGGCCCUGAGGAUCUGCAGUAACCUAUAUGUCUCAUAUAUGAGAUCUACCUUGAAAAGAGCUGAGGUGCAUGCUAAACAGCCAAAUUCUAGUCAGUGGCGUUUCACCAGGAAUUAAUUUGACCCCUUCUUCCCACCUUGAAUGUUAUUCUGAUCAGUGAUAUAAGAGUAGUGUGAAUUUUGACUGAGAGUUCUUUUUAAAACAUAUAUUUAUUUGAACUUGUAUGAAAGUAAAAGGGUCGUCUGCCCAGGACUUUUGGGUAUCUCAAAAAUUAAAAUUAAACAGCAAAUUACCCUCAACAGCCAACAGAACUAAACCUCCUACAAAAUUCUCCCCUCCCCAAAGAUCUAAUCUCUAUCAAGCCCCCCAACUUUGCAGCGCCCCAUACAAAGAGAUCAGCCUUUGCAGCAUUUUAGUUGAAUUAUCUCUCUUUGUGACUUGUGGGAUGCUUCAGCAGAUCAGAUUCAUAGGAAAACAGCAGCUUCUUUGGGAAUGUGGUAGGAGGCUCUUUCACAUUGCUUUGCUCAUCUUUGGCACUUAAUCCUAAAAAAAAAAAGGAAGGUAUCUGACUUCAUGAUGCCAGUGGCAACAUGCUUAAUUUAAAUCAUAUUGACUACUCUGGUUUGUAGCCAAACUGACUGCUUAGCCUAAAAAUAAGCUGCAAAGAUG